AUGGGGCUCCCGUUCCUUCCCGUCCCGUCCCGCAAGGGCUCGACCCUGGGGAACGAGGGGGGAGCCGCUGGGAGCUGUCAGUGUGAGAGAUACAGCGUGGAGCCCCCGCUGGUCAAGCGGUUCCCGGACCGACUGGUGGCCUGGGAGCCCUGCCUGGGCUUGGUCAGGUUUACCUUCCCGCAGAAGCGGGUGUGCGGCUUGGCUGACGCCCCCUGGGUCCUCAGGUUCACCUCUUUGAAGAGGGACCAACGAAAGGGUGCUGCAGGGCCCAGCACCUCCAAGAGAUGUUGCCAGCCCAGCACCACCAGCUGUGCCCCACUUCUACUGCCUCUGAGCUCCACGGGCCCAGCCCUAGAGGUGCAGAGGGAGACCCCCCAAUCAGAGCAGGUGCCGUCCUUCACUACCACAACUGCUGCCCCAGCCCUUGAGAUGGCGAGGGGCAUCACCGCGCUGCCCUGGAAUGGUGCCAUUGCUGCGGCCAGCCCCAGCCAUGUUCCACAGGAGGGUCUGCCAGUGGGGCCCAGCCAGACUACUGUCCUCUCUGCGCUUGGGGUCGUCCUUUUCCUUGUGGCCGGGACUGUUGGCCUGGCGUGCUGGAGGAAGCCCCUGGGGAAACCCCGGGCAGCCCUGGUCUCUGCGCAUCAGGUGUGGAUGUUGAAACCUGGAGCAGAACCCGCUUCUAGGGCAGAGCAAAUGCAGCAGCUGUAA